UUAACCAUGUGUAAACAUGGCAAACAUGUCAAAAGAAGACGAAUCUCUUGGUUUAAGAAAAAGACAUGUGAAUUCGGACGAAAACAAAAGCAAAGCGACUUCUAAACAGUCCAAAAAUGAAAUUGUUAAAAAAUGUAUUGGCACCGGACAUAUCUCUUCGCCUUGCCAGCUUGAGACUGGGUCUUACUGGCUUACAAGAAUUGUUCUCAUUAGAUAUGUUGGUUUUAUUUACUUUAUCGCCUUCCUGGUGGCUCUGCAGCAGAACAAGGAGCUGCUCGGGUUGGCAGGACUUCUCCCAGCAAAUCAUUACCUUGACAACAUCAAACAGCACUCUGGCGGGAUCAACUGGUCCGCUUUCCUGUCAGCACCCUCCCUUGUAUGGUUGAUAGACUACCACGUGUACUUGGACUAUUUCCUGGAUUACGUUGCAUAUGCUGGACUGGGACUCUCUGGCUUUCUGAUUAUCAAUGGUGGAGCUAAUUGGAUCAUCAUGUUUACACUAUGGGUCCUCUACCACUCCCUUGUAAACAUUGGUCAGCGCUGGUAUGGCUUUGGUUGGGAGUCCCAGUUGUUGGAGACUGGUUUUCUUGCGGUGUUCCUUUGUCCGAUGUUGAGUGUCUCUGCUGUGCCUAAGUCAACUCCUACGUCCCAGAUUGUUAUUUGGGCUAACAGAUGGCUUAUUUUCAGAAUAAUGCUUGGUGCAGGAUUGAUAAAGAUUCGAGGAGACCAAUGUUGGAGGGAUCUUACCUGCAUGAACUACCAUUAUGAGACUCAGCCAGUGCCCAACCCGAUGUCGUACUUCAUGCACCAGUCUCCAGAAUGGUUCCACAAGUUUGAGACCCUCAGCAACCACUUUGUUGAGCUCAUGGCACCUGCAUUGCUGCUGCUGCCAGCACCGCGUAGGCUACGCUUCGUAGGGGGCGUCAUUCAGAUCCUCUUUCAGGUGGUACUGAUCAUCAGCGGCAACCUGAGUUUUCUCAACUGGCUCACGAUAGUGCCCAGUCUGGCGUGUUUUGAUGAUCGUGGCUAUGCGUGGAUGUUCUCCAGAUCUCGUAUACAGCAGGUGGCUGCAGUUCAGGCAGAAGGGCGUGAUGGAAAGACGUUGCUUACACCAAGUAACUACAUACGGCGUGUUUUCAACAUUUCUCUAGGACUAUUGAUAGCAUACUUGAGUGUUCCUGUUAUCCAAAACUUAAUGUCAUCCAGGCAACAAAUGAACACAUCCUUUGACUCAUUUCGUCUUGUCAAUACGUAUGGAGCUUUCGGAAGCGUGACAAAGGAGCGCACAGAGGUGAUUUACCAAGGCACGUAUGGACAUCCAAACCAGAAAGAAACAAUAUGGGAGGAGUAUGAGUUUAAAUGCAAACCUGGUAAAAUAACACGCCGUCCCUGCAUUAUCUCACCGUAUCAUUAUCGUCUAGACUGGUUACUGUGGUUUGCAGCUUUCCAGAACUAUCAGCACAACCCCUGGAUAGUUACCAUGGCAGCCAAGUUGUUAACUAACGACAACAGCACACUCUCCCUGAUUGCUCAUAACCCUUUCGAGGGCAAGGAUCCUCCGACGUAUGUCCGUGUGCAGCUCUACAGCUACAAGUACACUAAGGUAGGCAGCAACGAUGCCAUUGCAGGGCGCUGGUGGAAAAGACGAUACAUCAGGGAAUAUCUUCAACCUGUCAACCUGCAAUCUCUCAAACCCUACCUGGAUAGCAUUAAAUUUAAUGUGGCCACAAAGCAGACAAAAAAGGCAAAGAAAAAACAGUGAUGAAUAAUUUGUUUUAGUGCCAACUUUUAUUGAUGAUUGUUAAUGAUUUUUAUGCCUUCAAAGGAUAACUUAUUGUUCAUGAAUUAUCCGUUUUAGGUAGAAGGAUGGUUUUGCUUGCCACAAUUCUGUUUGUUUUUUAUGUUUGAGAGAAUUUUAUUUUUGCUGGGGAUUAUUGUCCCUAAUGAACUGACAAUUUGUCAGGUGCGACUCCCUUGUCCCUCAUUGAGAGCUCAAGGUCACAAAUCAAGGUCAAAGGUCACAAAGUGUCAUUUCCACUCAAUUUUCAAUUAAUUCUAGAGAGGAUUCUAAUCUUACAGAUUCAAGGAUUUUUUAACAAGUUCCUUGUGCAGUUUAUAUAUUGACUUCGUGAGAAUCUCAUGGUUUGGGGGUUUAUAUCACAUCCAGGGAUAAGCCUUGUUUGUGUAAUUUGUUUCUUGGUUAAAACAUGCUUUUUAUGUCCCCCACUAUAGUAGUGGGGUACAUAUUUUGUUUUUGCCCUGUCUGUUGGUUGGUCUGUUUGUUGGUCUGUUGGUUGGUUGGUCUGUUGGUUGGUUGGUUUGCGCCAACUUUAACAUGUUGCAAUAACUUUUGCUAUAUUGAAUAUAGCAACUUGAUAUUUGGCAUGCAUGUGUAUCUCAUGGAGCUGCACAUUUUGAGUGGUGAAAGGUCAAGGUCAUCCUUCAAGGUCAGAGGUCAAAUAUAUGUGGCCAAAAUCCCUCAUAUUAUGAAUACUUUUGCAAUAUUGAAGAUAGCAACUUGAUAUUUGGCAUGCAUGUGUAUCUCAUUGAGCUGCACAUUUUGAGUGGUAAAAGGUCAAGGUCAAGGUCGUCCUUCAAGGUCAGAGGUCAAAUAUAUGUGGCCCUAAUCGCUUAUUUUAUGAAUACUUUUGAAAUAUUGAAGAUAGCAACUUGAUAUUUGGCAUGCAUGUGUAUCUCAUGGAGCUGCACAAUUUGAGUGGUGAAAGGUCAAGGUCAAGGUCAUCCUUCAAGGUCAGAGAUCAAAUAUAUGUGGCCCAAAUUGCUUAUUUUAUGAAUACUUUUGCAAUAUUGAAGAUAGAAACUUGAUAUUUGGCAUGCAUGUGUAUCUCAUGAAGCUGCACAUUUUGAGUGGUGAAAGGUCAAGGUCAUCCUUCAAGGUCAAAUAUAUGGGUCAAAUUUGCUCAUGUAAUGUCACUUCUGCAAUAUUGAAGCUAGCAAUUUUAUAUUUGAAAUGCAUGUGUAUCUCAUGGAGCUGCACAUUUUGAGUGGUGAAGGGUCAAGGUCAAGGUCAUCCUUCAAGGUCAAACGUCAUAUAGGGGGACAUUGUGUUUCACAAACGCAUCUUGUUAAUAUUAGGAAUAAAUGUGACUUAUUAAUGAUUUAAGGCAAUUCCUGAUGAUUGCCUAUGAGCAUUAAAUUUAAAAACGAGCUUAAAACCGUUGAAAAUUCAUAUUUUACAUUGUAUGCACAGCGAUUUUGUUGUAUUUCUUUAUUGCUUGAAUAUAUCAUACCAUUCCUGCAUAGGCAUUGUUUUAUAAGCUUACCCUAGAACAGCAUGAGCUUGGAUGAUAACCUUUUGUUCGCCGUUAACAUAUACCCCUCUCACACUUUAGAGGUCAUAUUUAUUGCUCAUUCUUACUGAAACUUUGUCACAUUAAUUGUCCCAACAAUGGCCAGUCCAAAACUGGGCCAUUUGAAGUUCAACAAUUAUUCAAAUUGAGUGAAGAAAGAAAAAGAUUCUCACUUUCGUUGCACAGUCCUCAUGCAACAAGGGUAGGGCUUUAGUACCCUUGAUAUCCAUGAAUUUCCAGUGCAAUUAUUUUAUAUUGUGUUAAUAUGGUGUUGUUUUGUGAUCUUUACUCGAAUAUUGUUAGCAAUUUUUUUGCUUUAUUUUGCAGAAGACUUUCAUUUUUUAUUGUAGAAUAAAUCAGUAGAAAGGAAA